UUCCUCAUCCACUAAGCUCUCUAGAUCCAUUCAAUCAUGGAGGUCGCGCGGCUGAAUCGUCCUUUCAUCGAUCUCAACCUCUCCAUCGGCUCCUCCCUCUGUUUCUUCCCCGGGGAUCCUCCGUCUUUCCCCGAUGAUCAAAUACGGGUGCAGAUUAAAGUACUUAAGGUUGAGCUCGACCGAGCGAGCGAGGAGAACAAGAAGCUCAAGGAAAUGGUGGCCAAUAUGGUCGACAAGUACAAGGCGCUACAGAGCCAUGUAAGUCGACUGGGGACGCCUUCCAACGACGUCGUCGACGGCGUUAAUUCCUCCGACGGAGGCUCUGUUUCUCCUGCGACAAAUUCCAAGAGGAAGAGAGACCUCAGUGGGGAUAAAGCUCCAAUUUUGGAGAGCACAUCGAGCGCCGAUGAGUUGAAUUCGUGCAAGAGAGUGAGGGAGGAGACGAUGAAGCCGAAAAUUUCCAAGCUUUAUGUGCACACCGAUCCGUCCGAUACCAGCCUGGUGGUGAGAGAUGGGUAUCAAUGGCGGAAAUAUGGGCAGAAGGUGACCAGAGACAAUCCAUGUCCCAGAGCUUACUUCAGAUGCUCUUUUGCGCCUUCUUGUCCUGUUAAAAAGAAGGUGCAGAGAAGCGCCGAGGACACAUCGAUGCUGGUCGCUACCUACGAAGGCGAGCACAACCAUGGCCACCAGCCCCACCAACCUCCGGCGACAGGUACCAAAAUUCCGGCUAUAGAAGUGAGUCUGAUGAAGUCGAAGAAGGCAGAGGAGGGGUUGAAGCCGUCGCCGGAGCUGAGCCGGAGUUUGGUGGAGCAGAUGGCGGCGUCAUUAACUAAUGAUCCGGCAUUUAAGAGCGCGCUCGCGGUGGCGCUCUCCGGGAGGAUGCUUCAUUGAUCCUUUUUGUAUCUGGUUCCUGUUAAUUUGCUUAGAAUUUUUAGUUUAUGUGGUGAUCGUUCUCUUUCAUUCAGGCAAGGUUUGAAGGUGAUCAUGAUUCAUGAUUCGCGAGUGAUUUAGCAGGGAUUGUAAAUAUAUCAUGUUGUAGACUUUUGCUGGAAAAAAAGAUUAGUAGGAAGAAUAAGUUAAUGUUUUUGUCA